UCGAGAGAAGUUUGUUAGGUUUCAAGAUGGCGGGAGGAAACCCCCCUCUCGUCUGUUUGAUUUUAAUAUUUUUAUGCAAAAUAUACACCAGCAAUGCACAAGUGUUGUCUCCCCCAUACUUCAACUUAGCUCAAGGGAGGAAUAUAACAGCUUCGGCGACUUGCGGCGAGGAUGUCCCAAAUGCCGAACUUUUUUGCCGUUUGACAGGAGCCACGGGAAGAGGAGCGGAAUCGAGGGAACUGAUACAGGGACAGCUUUGUGACUACUGCAUCCCCGAAAUCUCCGACCAAAACCAUGGACCCGAAUACGCAAUAGAUGGAUCCCAACGAUGGUGGCAGAGUCCUCCAUUAUCCCGAGGUGUUCAGUAUAACGAGGUCAAUCUUACCAUCAACUUGGGCCAGGAGUUCCAUGUCGCCUAUGUGUUCAUCAAGAUGGCCAACUCCCCCAGGCCGGGAGUCUGGGUUCUGGAGAGAUCCACAGAUUUUGGCACCACAUACCAACCGUGGCAGUAUUUUGCUGACUCCCCAAGUGACUGUCUCAAGUUCUUCCACACCCCUGCCAACACCAGCAUUGGACGUGACAAUCAAAUUCUCUGCACAACUGAAUUCUCCAAGGUCGUUCCUCUUGAGAAUGGAGAGAUUGUGGUUUCGCUUGUUAAUGGGAGACCCAAUGCCCAGAACUUCUCUUAUGCGUAUGACCUCCAGGAGUGGACGAAGGCUACUAACAUCCGAAUGAGGCUGAUCCGCACCAAAACCCUUCUUGGCCAUCUGAUGGCUGUAGCCAGACGGGAUCCUACAGUCACAAGGAGGUACUACUAUAGUAUCAAGGACAUCUCCAUCGGAGGCCGAUGUGUAUGCAAUGGUCAUGCCAACACGUGUGAUCGCCCGGACCAAAACGAUGCCAACAAGCUCCUCUGCAACUGUGUGCACAACACAUGUGGAGAUCAGUGCGAGUAUUGCUGUCCAGGCUUUGUGCAGAAAAAGUGGCAGCGUGCUUUAGCAGAUCUGCACUUUGACUGUGAACCAUGCCAGUGUUACGGCCACAGUGACGAGUGUGUGUACGAUGAGGAGGUGGACCGACUGCGGCAGAGUAUUGAUAUCAAGGGCAGCUAUGAGGGCGGCGGCGUCUGCCAGAACUGCAGGGACAACACGAUGGGCAACAACUGUGAGCAGUGCACUCCUGGCUUCUUCCGCCCCUACGGAGUGCCCCGCAAUGAAACAAAUGCUUGUCGUGCUUGUCAGUGUGACCUACGUGUAUCUACAGGAGAGUGUGAGGAGGGAUCUGGCAGGUGUUUGUGCCGGACUGAGUACACAGGCGAGCUCUGUGACAGAUGCAGUGUGGGCUACUAUGGUUACCCUUCUUGCAUCCCGUGUGACUGUGACUUCAAUGGUACAGAGGGCUCUAUCUGUACUGUACAGAGUGGAAGCUGCCCCUGCAAACCCAACUUUGACGGACAGAAGUGUGACAUGUGCGCACUGGGGUACUAUAACUUCCCCACAUGCCAGCCCUGUGUGUGUAACAGCAUCGGCUCCCCCACCACCACGUGUGACAUCAGCAACGGGCAGUGUCAGUGUACCCAGAACUACGGCAGCAGGGACUGCAGCAUGUGUGCAGAUGGCUACUUCAGCUUCCCCAACUGUGACUAUUGUAACUGCGACCCCCAGGGAACGAAAGGUGAGAUCUGUGACAAGCAGCUUGGAGACUGCUUCUGUAAACCAAACUUCUCCGGCCUACAGUGUGACAGGUGUACCCCCGGUUACUUCAGCUACCCCGACUGUAGAGAGUGUGCCUGUGCUGACAUAGGAUCCAUCAGCCCAAUCUGUGCAGACAGUGGCCAAUGUCGCUGUAGAUCCAACUUUGGAGGCUACAAGUGUGACCGCUGUGCACCAGGCUUCUACCGAUACCCUGACUGUGUCCCCUGCAACUGUGACCUAUAUGGGUCCCUGGCACGGACGUGUGACCAGACAACAGGCCAGUGUUCGUGCAGACGCAACUUCCAGGGGCUCAUGUGUGACAAGUGUCAGGAGGGCCUCUACAACUACCCGUACUGUGAAGAGUGCAACUGCAACCCUGCUGGAGCAAAGGAGAUCCCUGGCUACCCCCUUGGGGGCUGUGGAACGGUCACCAAAGGGCAGCUGUGCGAGUGCAAGGACGAGGUGAUGGGGCGCAUCUGUGACACCUGUAACCCUGGCUACUGGAACCUCAACAGGAACAACCCAAGUGGAUGUGAAGAGUGCAAGUGUUUCCGGCCCGGCACGCUGGGUGCCAUCAAUGUGUGCGACACCAACACGGGACAGUGUAUGUGCAAGCCAGACACUGGGGGACAGAACUGUGACCAGUGUCUUGAUGGCUACUUUGGUCUCAUGGAGGGAAAUCCGUUUGGUUGCCAAGACUGCAACUGUGAUGUUGGAGGCUCCAUCACAACAUCCUGCAACAAGAACAAUGGACAGUGUGUUUGCAAACCCAGAGUUGCAGGACAGAAAUGUGAUUUGCCGAUAGAGUCCCACUUCUACCCCGACCUGCACCAGUAUAAGUAUGAGAUUGAGGAAGGCACAACGCCAGAGGGUGCUCAGAUCCGUUACGGCUACGAUGAGAGGAUCUUCCCGGGCUAUUCCUGGAGGGGAUAUGCCAUUCUUAUUGACAUCCAGCCAGAGGUUGUGCUGGACAUAUACAUCAACAAGCCCAGCCUGUACCAGAUAAUCUACCGCUACAUAAACCGCAAUGACAACACGGUCAAGGGGGAGGUAACUCUCUCACCAGACAUCUCCACCGACAUUGAGCAGUCCAGUGAGAUUGUGUUCCUGCCCAACCGUGACCCCGCCUUCAGCAAGGUUGGCAGCACGGCAACGGGCUCCACCUUUGUGUUGAACCCUGGGAGGUGGAGGAUCUCCACAAAAGUCCCAGACAGUGUAUUCUUGGACUACUUUGUGCUGAUACCACAAGGCUACUAUGAGGCCAGUGUUCUACAGAAAAGGAUUAUUCAACCUUGUACUGUCCCUGGAGACCAAGGCCCCUGCCUGCACUACCAGUACCCAGACAUAUCCUGGUACCCCACUGUGCGAGGUGAGGAUGGCUAUGUCAUCGAGGACCAACAGAGGGUCAGUGUGAGUCUGUAUCCUGAUGGUGAUGUAGUGGAUGAACUUGGAACCACAGGCAUGGCACACUUGAAUGCCAACCAGACCUUCUUCUACCUUGACCUUGUGAUCCCGGACCCAGGGGACUAUGUGCUGGUCUUCAACUACCACAACCCACAGGGGCUGGUGCAGAACCUGGACGUGGACGUGGCCUCCGAGGCCGGCCGAAGCAAGGCCAAACUCAGACUCAACGAAUGCAUGUACAGCUCCCUGUGUCGCCAGGUGCUGAACGAUGAGUUGGGCAUGGUAGCUGUCUUCAAUAUCAGCACAGGCUACGUUUCACUCACCAUCCGGGGCGAUGACAAUGUUGAGGCAGCCAUUGAGUCAGUUGUUGCUAUUCCCUAUGGUCAGUGGUCAACCAACUACAUCAGACCCAGGAUCAUCUGCAUCAAAGUCAAUGGAGUGUGUAUCCCCUCAACAUAUUCAUCACCUGUCGGAUCAUUCCGUGUAGAUUUUGAACAGUCUCCUAACCAAGAUAGACUUGCCACAGAACUCCCAUAUAAUAUGCAGGAUCCCAAUGUUGGACUUGUCAAGCUCAACUCUACAAGUACCACUGUUGAGAUUGAGGGUCAGAUAGACAAUCCCAACCAGCAUGUGUUUGUUGUACACUUCUACAUGCCCUCAGAGGUUGGCCUCACCAUCCCCGUCACAGUCACUGCCGGCGACAGACAGGUCAUAGGGUACUUCACACCGCAGUACUGCCCCAGCACAUCUGGCUGCCGAGGCACCAUCCAGUUCCCUGACAGUGGCAACUACCUCUCCAUCAAGUCUCCCGUAGUCCGUAUGCUCUUCAACAAUACACAAGGUGGAGACAUCUGGCUGGACUAUGUUCUCAUGGCUCCUGCCAAUCAAUACAACAUGCGUAACCUUGACCUUCACCCCAUUGAUAAAUCAGGCGACUUCCUCACUGAGUGUGUUAAUGAUGGGUUUGAACUCAGGAGUAACAGUAAGUUCUGUCGUGAGAGUGUCUUCACUCUGACUUCAGAGUUUAACAAUGGCGCCCUUCAGUGUGACUGCAACAUUGAUGGGUCUCUCAACUUCAACUGUGAUCAGUUUGGUGGACAGUGUCAGUGCAGGGAGAACGUGAUUGGUCGCAACUGCACAGCCUGCAAACCUGGAUACUUCGGUUUUCCAAGAUGCAAACCCUGUAGCUGUCUGUAUGGCCUGUGCCACCCCCUGAAUGGAGAGUGUAUCUGCCCGGCCAAUGUGGAGGGGGACAGGUGUGACCGAUGUGAGCCGGAGACCUAUGGGUUUGAUGCUCUCAUUGGAUGCCAGGAGUGUAAGUGCAACAUACAAGGAGUCCAGGGUCAAGACCUCAACUGUGACCAGACGACAGGAAAGUGCAGAUGUCUUCCGAAUGUGAGUGGUCGAAAGUGUGACACAUGUGACCCUGGUCACAGCAUCUUCCCCUACUGCCGGCAGUGUGACUGUGACAUCAGGGGAACAACGGUGGAUAUCUGCGACCAGAACUCAGCCAGGUGUAUCUGCAAGGAGAAUGUUGCUGGACCAAGAUGCGAUGGGUGUGCGGCAGACACAUACUACUUGAACCAGGAAAACCUUCGCGGAUGCACCACUUGCUUCUGCUUCGGUGCCACCACCUACUGUGACAGCUCCCCCCUCUUCUGGAACCUGGUGACCCAAAUGAACAACUGGGCAGUGACAAAUGUGAAUGCUGAUGUAAUUGAGGCCGGAUCCACCAUUGCAGUGAAGGCAGCCAAUUCCAUCAUUGACCCCAAUGAAGCCAUAUACUGGGUGGCCCCACCAGAGUACCUGGGCAACAAGAUCAAGUCCUAUGGUGGCUACCUGAUGUACCAGGUACUGUUCACCCUCCCAAGGGACGACGAAGCUCAAAACUCGGAGGGACUUGUUAAGUCUGAUGUGAUUCUAGUGGGUAACAACAUGACAAUAGUUCACUUCAGUAACGACCAGCCAGCACCAAACUCCCAAGUCAACUUGAAAGUCCAGCUAUUCGAGUACAACUUCGUCCAUGCCAACACCCGGGACACAGUAACAAGAGAGCAGUUCAUGAUGCUCCUCAUCAACCUGCAGGCUUUACACGUCAGGGCCUCGUACUUUACACUCAUUGAUGAAGCCAGACUGUCUGAAGUCCAGCUUGAAGCGGCCACUGAGGAAGGGCAAGGGGAUGCAGCACUUUCUGUGGAGCAGUGCCAGUGUCCUCCUAACUACCAGGGCUCCUCCUGCGAGGAAUGUGCACCAGGGUACUACCGAUCACGCCCCACCCCCUACCUCGGCAUCUGUGUUCCCUGUGAGUGCAAUGGACAUGCAGACUCAUGUGACCCCAUCACAGGAGAGUGUUUGAACUGCCAAGACAACACAACAGGACUUCAUUGUGAAGCAUGCCUGACUGGAUACUUUGGUGACCCAGCGGUUGGGGGUUGUCAGAUCUGUGCUUGUCCUCUGCCACUAUCAUCUAACAACUUUGCUGUUUCCUGUGUCAUAUCAGAUAAUGGUCUGACUACCUUCUGUGAGUGCCUCCCAGGAUAUUAUGGGCCCAACUGCGAGAGCUGUGCCUCUGGUCACUAUGGUAACCCCUACAAAGUUGGUGAGGGGUGCCAGCAAUGUGGGUGCAGUGGCAACAUAAAUUUGAACGACCCCUACAGUUGUGACCGAUACACAGGCGAGUGUCUCAUCUGCCUCAACAACACAGCCGGCAGCUACUGUGACAGCUGCCAGGAAUGGUUUUAUGGGGAUGCCAUUCAGAGAAAGAACUGUGCAUCCUGUGCCUGCAACCAAUGUGGCUCGGAAAGCUGUGACAAUGGGAAUGGUGUCUGUGCUUGCAAACCCAAUGUGAUUGGCCUGGACUGUGACCAAUGUGCACCUUACACAUGGGGGUUUGAAUACUGUACUGGGUGCAACCGCUGUGAUUGUGGGUCUGCCUCCAUCUCCCCCCAGUGUGACCUGAGGACUGGUCAGUGUGAGUGCCAGCCCAAUGUCCUUGGACAGAAGUGUGACCAGUGCCAGCAGGGCUACUGGAACUAUGGUUCUUCAGGAUGUCAACGCUGUGAAUGUAUGGGAGAUGGAGCUGUUACCUGCGAUGCCGACACUGGGCGGUGUCAGUGCUUGCCUGGUGUCACUGGGGAGAUGUGUGACAGGUGCUUGGAUAGAUGGGUCCUCAUACCAGAAGUUGGAUGUCAAGAAUGCGGCUACUGUGUUCAUCUUCUGAUGGAUGACCUUGACUUCAUGGACAGGAACGUCACAGUAAGUCGGCGCACGCUGGCUAGUGUGUCUGUGGGAGUUGCUGCCUUCCAGAAACUGUCCGAAAUCAACCAGACCAUAGCUGACCUCAGGCCUCAAGUUCGCAACCUGUACAAGAACACGGAUCCCAUCGAUGUCACCCCGUUUGUGGACGAGAUUGAAAAACUAGGAGAAAACGCAAUGACAACUUUAAAUCGAGCAGUGACUAGUAUGGCGGAGGCUAAAGCCCUAGAAGGUGAAGUGGACUCCCUGCAGACAGAUGCCUUUGACAUAGAGAGGGUCAUCGCUCAGAGCGCUCAGGAGGGCAGUGCUGCUGUGACGGACGUCAACCAGGUAUUAGAACGUAUCCUGGCCGGAAUCCAGGUGGCCAACAUUGAAACAUACAUCCGAGAGGCAGAACGCAUCUUGCAGGAGAUUGUGUCCAGAGACUUUAGCCCCAGGAAUGAAUCUGCUCUCAUGGAACUGAUGGAGGCACAGAAGGCCCUGAACCGGUCCGAUCAGCUUCAGAUGGCCGCAGCAGUGCAGCUGGAGCUCCUCAACAAUAUCCAGGACAACAUCACUGAUGCUGAGGCUCGAUACAACGAUCUGCGGAAUAAUACUCAUUUCUCUGACAUUGACUCCAGGAAGGCCCAUGAACUUUAUGAUCAGUUGAAAAACAAUGACCUGGCAGUACUACUGGAAGACAUUAAAGACAUCCGUGCAUUGGAGAAAAAUAUAAUUGGCGUGUUGGAUGAUGCCAAUGAGAUGAUUAGUGGUGCGAGAGAUGCACUCAACAGGAGUGAGGAUGCCUUUGUGGCUCUACAAGAUGUGGCAGGCCAGUUGGAUACAGCCUUUGUCGGCAUGACCGAGUCGCAGGGUGCACUGACUAACAAGCUUCAGAAGCUGGAGCCCUUGGUCAACCAGAGCAUGCAGAAAGCAGAUGACCUCGAGGACCAGGCUGAGGCCCUUGACCAGAUGUAUACAGACACAAGGCAGGUGGCCGCUAAUGCUGUCCAAGCUGCCAAUGCCUACAAGGAUAUAGUGGAUGCCAUCAACAGUGCUGAAAAUGCUUCUGCCAGUGCAGAACAAGAUGGACAGGAUGCUCUCACCAAAUCCAGUGGUGUUGGUGACAAAUCUGCCAAGUCCAGGGAGCGCAGCAUUACACUCUUGGCAUCGGCAGACAUUGCCCAUAAUUAUACAAAGAACGACCUGCUUGAUAAACUGAACAGAGCUGUCACUGCCACGGCCAGCCUCGAUCUGAUGACUUUGAAAACAGAGGAGGACUUGGAUGAAGUUACAGCUGCUCUUCGCGACCUACCUUCACGUGAUUCUGGAGAUCGAGCUAUGAAGGUGACGAAUGAAUCAUUGGAUGCUAACUCGCGUGCUGGAGGUGCGCAGGAGCGCGUGAAGUCAAUCCUGUUCCUGCUGCCUGAAGACAAGAGCAAGCUCGAGCAGCUCACCAACCAGAAGUUUGCUACCAAACGGCUGUUGGAGGGGGUUCAGAAACAAGUGAACAGUGCACGAGACGUCCGUCGUCUGACCCUCCUUCUAACCCCCCUGGGAGAGCAGGCUCGCAACAUGACAGGCAUCAGCAGCAGGGUCAACAUCAACAUGGCGCAGCUCAAGGAGAAGAUAGCACUGGCCAGAGACGAAGCUAACAGGAUCCGAGUUGGAAUCCGAUUUGUGGGCAACACAAGUCUGACACUGCGUAACCCAGCCAAUCUGGAGCAAGCAGGAUCCUACAGCAAGAUCUCCCUGUUCUUCAAGACCACCCAAGAAGAUGGUUUGCUCUACUACAUGGGAGGAGACCAGAGAUCAGGCAGACAAGACGACUACAUUGCCCUGGAACUGGUGAAGGGCCAGGCUGUGUUCCGGUUUGACCUUGGGUCUGGUCCUGCCACUAUAAUCAGCCCUGAAACCUACAACGAUGGCCAAUGGCAUCAGCUCACCGCCACAAGGAUUGGCAAGACUGGCUACCUGAAAAUCCAGACAGACAAACAGGAGGACGACAAUGUUGAGGGCACAUCUCAGGGGACAUUCACAGUACUGGGACUUCACCCUGCCACUGCAGUCUUCUAUGUGGGAGGGGCACCAACUGGAGUAAUGCUCCCAAGUAGCAUUAAUGGAAGGAGGUACAUUGGUGUCAUGGAGGAUCUCAAGUUUGAUGAGCAGUCUCUUGGUCUCUGGAACUUCAUUAUGGCAGAGAACAACUAUUAUGGAGAGAAUGAAAGGGAUGUGAUGAAGAGUGUCAGCUCUAAUGGUUUGCGGUUCAAUGGCAAGGGGUAUGUAAUCCUCAGCAAGGCGGCGCUUGGACUUCGGCCAGACAAAACAAUCGAUGUCAUUCUCAAAUUCAAGACAUAUGCAGAGAAUGGCCUCCUGGUGUACAUGGCCGAUGCCAAAAAGGACUUUCUUUCUCUGGAGCUCCGGGAUGGCAAGAUCUUCUUUCAGUUUGACCUUGGCAGCAACCGUGCUGUUCUUAUGGCUGACAACAAGUUUAAUGAUGGGCAGUGGCACCAGCUACAAGCCAGUAGAGUCAACAAUAAGGGACUGCUCAAGGUGGAUGGAAAGACAGUUGACCAAGGGGAUGCUCCAGGUACUCUCAAGCAGCUGUCCAUAUCUGAUGACAUAUUCAUAGGGGGCUACAACAAGAUCCUUGUACCCACAAAUGAUGUAUCCAGUAUAGGCUUUGAUGGGUGUAUAAAGGACAUCCAGUUUGGCACCCAGACCUGGGACUUGAAUGACAACAAGAGAGCUAUAGGAGUAGCCAGAGGCUGCCCAGAACAGAUUGCCCGAGUGGCCUCCUUCACGGCUGACCGCCAGGGCUUUGUUGCUGUUUCCUCCGAGAGUAUUGGGCAGAUGUUUGACAUUACAUUCAAGAUGAGAACAUUUGAAAAUGAAAGUCUUAUACUUUACGCUGCUAGUUCCGACCAGUCCAGUGCAUUUGCUGUAGGCAUCGUUCAGGGCAGAAUUGUCGUGACAGCUGACCCAGGUGGGGAAAUGACCACAUUCAAGAGCAAAGUCAAUGAAUACAGCGAUGGCAAGUGGCACUAUGUCUCCAUAAUGAAGAGUGGACAAAAAUUAACCAUGAACAUUGAUGACCUGGAGAUGGUUGAUGCACCUGCGGAGGGCGACACCGUGGACCUGCUGACAGAGACACCACUGUACUUUGGUGGUUUGCCCCCACAAUACAACAUCAAGCCGGGCAUGGCACCAACCACUGUCAGGUUCAUAGGAUGCAUAGGAGAUGUCACAGUCAAUAAGCGGUUUGUGAACUUCGCCAGUAUACAGGAGAGUGACCGUUCUGGUGCCAAUUUGGCUGGAUGUCCCGUGAGUGGUGAGCUGGGUGUGGACAUUCAACUUAAGCCAACACCUCAGACCAAGCCAGACAUCGAGGAGGAGACUGUGACCGAGACACCCGAUGUGGCAGUGCCAGGUCAGUGUGCUCUCCCUGACCGCCCCGACAUGAUGGCAGAGGGUGUGAUUGAUGGAACCAGAUUUGGGUCGACCGCUGAUAGUCGACAGGAGUACAAGAAACUGCCAUCAAGGUUCAGGAUUAGGUCACUGUUUGAAUGCCAGUUUAAGACUACAGCAGAGGAUGGCAUCAUCAUGUACAUGGCUGACAGCCGCCACAUUGAUCACAUUGCUUUGUUCAUGAAGGGAGGCCAAGUGGUGUACUCCUUCAAUUGUGGCAGCGGGGCUGCCGUGGUAACAAGCCCCCAAAAAUAUAACGAUGGAGAGUGGCAUAAAGUGAGUUUCUCCAGGGCCCAAACACUUGGUACUUUGGAGAUUAAUAAAGAGAGAGUAGGUAAUGGACGGUCCAUUGGGCGUACCAGAUCCAUCAAUGUACGGACACCUUACUUUGUUGGUGGCAUUCCCAUGGACCUGAAGAAGAAAGCUGCCAAUAAUCUAAAGGACGUCUCUGGCAGUUUCAUUGGUUGCCUGAAGAACUUCAAGCUAAACGAUAAGAUGUUUGGUGCACCAUCAGAGCAGACUGCUAUCAAGCCUUGCUCAAAUGCGAUGGAGGCGGGCUCCUUCUUCACAGCUGAUGGAGGAUAUGUCAAAUUAUAUGAUAAGUUCAAGGUUGGCCUUGACCUCCUGAUACGUGUAGAAAUCAAACCUAGGUCAGUAACUGGUUUGAUUCUGGCAGUCCAUGGCAGAGGAGACUACUUAGUAUUGCAGAUGGUGGAUGGCAAGAUCGUCUUGAGAGCUGACAAUGGCAUGGGAGCCAUCACAACUAGUUUCACACCUUCCACGUCCAUUUCUCUCUGUGAUGGCAAGUGGCAUGUCAUCAAAGCUAUAAAGGCCAAAGAGGUAGUGAAGCUGGAGGUCGAUGGUGUCACUGCCCCCAUCGGACAGGGCAAACCUGGAGUGUCCGCAGCGGACACUAAUGAUCCACUCUUCAUUGGUGGCGCACCAGACUACUCUGCCAAGGGUAUUGAUGCCAAGACCAGCUUUGUGGGCUGUAUACGGAAUGUGCAGCUUGACGGGAAAAUGCAAUACAUUGGCUCUGGAAGUGCCAUUGGCAGUGUCAAGAUGGAUUCCUGCCCAGUCAACUAAAGCUCAGCAUAAUAUAUCAGUUGCCAUGGUUACAUACAUACAUAAAUUAUGAUGUUUAAUCUCCUGAUGAAUUGUACAUCAGUGUAUGCUGGGUGUCAUAUAUGUGCCAAUAUGUUUGUUUGUCUAUGUUUUGUUUUCAUGUGUUUUCAAAUAUGUUAAUGUUGAAGUUGCGAUUUGUUCAUGCCCAAUAUGGGGGGGUGUCCCUCAACUCUGAUAUUACUGAAACCUAACAAGCAUUAUGGGGUAUACAAGAGCAUGAACUGAGUCAGACUAUGACAUAAGGACAACAUUGCUGGAACUUUUGUUUUGUGUUGUGUUAUGUUGUUUGAUAUGAUGCAGAUUUGCACUUGUGCAAACAACUGAUUGAUCCGAUAUAUUUUAAACAAGGGUCAAUUACAGUGACAUUUGAUCAAAUGUUGAUGAAUGUUGGGAGGAGAAUGUUACUUUUAAUUAUUCAAAUACAUUUUACUGUGAACAUGUUGCAAGCAUUUCAUCCUAAGUCACUGAUUUUCUAUCAAGGAGAAAUAUUAGAAACAUUUUACCUUCCCAUUCAGUGACAUUUAUUAACUCAGCAUCAUACACAUGAUUUAUGUUUGUCAACAUACAUUAAGUAUCAAAAGAAACUUAGCAUAUGCAGUUUCCCUUUGUUCCUAGCAUAUAUACAUCACUUGGCAGUAAAAGAAACUGUUCAUAUGAUAGAAUCAUAAUACAGUUUCUUUCAGUGCCUUGUGUACAUGUAUCAGCUACCAUCAGAAGGAACUAAUCAGGAGGUCUUAGAAAACUGAUCAUAGAUCAAAACUUACAUGCAGUGUUGUAAACAAUAAUGCCACCAAAGAUUGGAAUCUGAAUUGUAACCAUGGCAACCUGAAAAUGCCCUGAUGAUGAUUUCAAACCCUCCCCUCCCAUCCCUGAUCAAUAUUUUGAUGUAGGAGAGAGAUGUGACUGGUUCCUGUUACUACAAAAAAAAAAAAAUCAGUGCUGUGAUUCGUCCAACAAAUGAAUAUUUUAGAUUUUAUUUUGGGGUAUGUGUUUUAAAGGAUGUUCUCAUUUCAUUCAGGGAAGUUUUUCUAAGUCAUUUCCCACAUCAAAAUAUUUAUGUAGUUUUAGUGUCCAGUAUCUGACAUCUUGCAGAUAUUUCUUGUAGCAUAUCAGGAUAUACACUGCUGUAAAAAAAAAAUUAAUAUUAAGAAUUAUAUUUGAAUUAAAUCUUCCUCAUUGUUAAGGUUUUUGGCAUGUAAACUAAUUAUAAUUUCUGUUCAGGAAAUCUUUGGGUAUAAAUGUGUUUAUUGAUGGAUAUAUUUACAGCUUAUAUCCUGAUAUGCUGAGAAUGAGUUUUACUGUUAUGACUAACACGUUUUUAUGCACUUUUUAAUACAUUUACAAUAUCAUUUUUUUGUUUUCAUGAAGGUUUAAAUGGUUUUAAUUACUUUUGAUAAGCCGCUUAUAUCGAUGCAAUGUCUACUUGCUCAAUAAACUGUUACUCAUACUCCCAUGUGUGGAUGUUCUUUACACAGGCAAAUUCAAAUCAUUUGGCGCUAUAAGAUAAUUGAGGCGGUUCACUCUAUCAUUGUUUUCAUAUCAUUGUAUUUCAAGCACUGAAAUAAUGUCUUAACAUUUAUUAUUUUAUGAAUAACAUGAUUUGAUAAAAAGAAUUAUACCCUUGUGUGUUCCUGCAUUGUAAACAUAUGUCAGGAAUACAAAAUAUGUAUACACGCCAUGGGUUCGCAUAAUACAAUUUUAUUCCUAAUAUAUGAUAUUUACAAUAUGGAAACACACUCUGCUUAUAAUCGCUGUUAAUUAGAAGUUGAUAGAGUAUAUCAAGAUUGCAAUAUGAUAAAUGAAAACGCAGGAUUAUCUCGGUGUUAGUUUGGAGCAAGCUCACGAGCAGCAAGCCAAUUUCCACCAACCAUUUACUGUUCCUUUAGUCAUGUGUGAGCAUUUAUGUCAAUUUGUACAAAUCAAAAGAAAUCCACAAUUUAUUUUAUUUGUCAAUUCACCUGUUACACUGUAGCAUUCAAGAGGCCAGUAAUUUAGGGGACUCAGAUGGUGAAUUAUCUUUGACAUGUCAGAUAUUUAUGUAUGUAGUCACCCACUCCUGUUGGCAUCAAUGGAUGCUCAAGUAUGGUUCAUCUCAAUGUUUUUCAAAUUUGCAAAUUUUAUGAAUAAAUGUUAUGUCAGUUUGAGAUGAAAAUUGUUUCGUUUCAUAUUUGUUUUAGCUGAUUCUGCAAAUUUUAACAAUGUCCAUUUGAUGCCACAGGUAAUUCCCCUGUUUUCAUGUUAU